AUGAACGAGCUCGACGACGACGAUAUUGCGGGUGCAAUGCGCUUUGCCAUCCCAGACUUCCGUGCUGAGGAGAGACAGCUCCCUGAGAUUGAUAGAGGAAGGCCCGAGCUGAGGCCUUUCCAGGGACUCUGCGAGAAGUUUGGUCAGCUAUUUUCCCUUCGGCCCGGACAAUGCGAUAAGGUACAGCACCGGGUGAAUACCCAUGACGACACCCCGGUGGUGGAGCGAGUCCGGCCCGUACCCCAUAAGUGGCGGGAAGAUAUUGAGGCUCAGCUUCGGGAGAUGGAGGAACUCGGGGUCAUCAAAAGGUCGACGUCGGCCUGGCGAUUUCCCUGUGUUUAUGUCCCUAAGAAGAAUGGGAAGGUUCGCAUGUGUGUAGACUACCGCAGGUUGAAUCAGGCCUGUCACACAGAAGCGUAUCCGGUACCGAGGCCUGACGACGUCCAGGAGCACCUUUGUCAUGCCAGAGUGUUCUCUACCCUAGAUCUGCGUAGUGGGUAUUGGCAACUUCCGGUGAGGCCCGAGGAUCAGCACAAAACGGCUUUUUGCCCAGGGCCUGGGUUCCCUUUGUAUGAAUGGUGUCGCAUGCCGUUCGGCCUGGCUUCGGCCCCGGCCACCUUUCAAAGGUUAAUGGAUAUG